AUGAGCGGUAAACGGAAGAUAAGACGGCGAUAUUCGGAAGAUUUCCUGAAGCAUGGGUUCAUCGCGGCGAAGCAUGAUGAGUGGUCCCCUUUCUGCCUCCUCUGCCAGACAUCUCUGACCAAUGAAUCGAUGAGAAGAGGACGGUUGGAAACUCAUCUGAGAGUCAAGCAUCCGAACCAUGCGCUCUUUAGAAUCGACUUCUUCAGAUCUCUGAAAGAGAGAAAUGAGCAAGCGCCAACUAUCGCAAGACUGUUCUCUUCGGCCAGUUCAUCCAACAGUCGUAUUCAUGAAGCAAGCUACGAGCUAUCUCUUCUGAUCGCGAAACUCGGUAAGAGUCAUUGCAUCGGUGAGCAAUUGGUCAAGCCCGCCACAUCACUUUUCUUGAGUACCGUGCUGCGAGUUGACGACAAAGACCUCCGCGCAUUGCCGCUAAGUAAGAAUACCGUCGGUCGCCGAAUCGAUGAGAUGGCUAAAGACGUCGAAACGCAGCUGAUUGGGCGACUCACACAGGUGAAGUUCUCCUUGCAACUUGACGAGUCGACGAUACGUGAUAGUGAAGCGCUUCACCUGGCCUAUGUGAGGUAUAUCGACGACGCCGACUUGAAAGAAGAGAUGCUGUUCUGCGAGUCCCUCAAAACUACAACGAGAGCAGUGGAUAUUUUCGGCCUCGUUCGAGAGUAUCUCUCUGGAAAUGAGAUCCCAUUUGAGAACAUUGUCUCGUGCACAGCUGACGGAGCACCCGCAACGAUGGGCAAGAAAUCAG